UUGACUCUGCGGCAGCAGCGGAGAGAGAGAGACGGACGGUCAUCACCUGUCAGCGGACCUGAGUGAAGACUAAACCGUAUAUACAUAUACACAGGCGGAGUCAUGAUGACGUCAGAGAACCUGGAGCACGGUGAUGACAUCAGCGUCCUGCCCCCGCAGGAGCUGGAGCCCGCGAGGGAGGAGGACGGACACUGCCCCCUGCCUUUCAGGCUGCAGCUGAUCGAUGACCUGUCUUAUGAAGACGUGAAGAAGUGCUACAGAGGAUCGACCGUCAGCAAGUACAACUCUCAGUACCACAAACUGUUCAAGACUGUCCCAAAAGAGGAGAUCCUGAUGAAAGUGUACUCCUGUGCCUUGUUAAGGGACAUCCUGCUGCAGGGACGACUCUACAUCUCCAGAAACUGGUUGUGUUUCUACGCAAACCUGUUUGGUAAAGAUAUCAAAGUUUGUAUUCCUGUCGUGUCGGUUCGUCUGGUGAAGAAACAUAAGACUGCAGGUCUGGUACCAAACGGUCUGGCCAUCACCAUGGAUACUGCACAGAAGUAUGUGUUUGUGUCCCUUCUGUCCAGAGACAGUGUCUAUGACGUCCUCAGGAGGAUCUGCACUCACCUGCAGGUGGACGGGAAGAGUCUGAGUCUGAAGCAGUACCUGGAGGAGCCCAGCUCUCUGUCCAUGGACGAGUUUCCAGAGGUGUUAAAGUGGAGGAGGAAGCCGUCGCUGCCUGCUGUCUCCGCCUCCCUCCCUGACUUGCUGGGAAACUCCGCCCCCAGCCUCGCCCCCGACGAGCCCUUCAGCACACACACACUCUCUGACAUCAGUCUGGAGACGGAGAAGAUCCUGCUGACAGAACCAGUACCUGAACUGGAUCACGUGGAGUAUCAGCUGCUGAAACUCUUCAUCCUCCUUGUCUUCCUGCUCGUCCUGUCCUCCUGUUACCUGGCCUUCAGAGUUUGUCGUCUGGAGCAGCAGCUCAGCUUCCUGAGCAGCCAGCCCACACUGAGAGACAGGUGUGGAGAGUCGCCGUGCUGGCUGACCAAUCAGAGGACAGGAACCUGACACCGAGUCAACAGGAUUGAAUCUGCACUUCAGUAGACUGGCCAUUAGGGGGCGGCGGUGUGUGGUGAGAGGUGAAAGCUGAAACGUCUGUCAGCAGCAGCUGACCUCUGACCCCCGCUGGCAGUUUGUUGCCAUAGAGACGUCACAGUAGUCGACACAAGCCGUAGUCUGACCUCUGACCUGCAUGUGUCUCGGUGGACACGUCGAGACGAGACGCAGGGAAACGACAGCGCGCUGGGAUGUGAGUCGGGUGUGGGCGGAGCCACUGAUGACUGACAGGAUUACGUUUUUGUUUUCUUUGAAAAUGUCUCGUCUUAAAGCUCGGGUCAGUAAGUUUGGAAAAGAUAGCGAUACAUGCCACCUCCUCUCACCGACUCUCUUUUCUAAACUCCGCCCCCAAAGCACUAUUUUGUGAUGUUUUGGUAACAUUGUACAGUUUGUAAGUCGAUGUUUCCUCUGAAUGUGUACGUUUAAAAAUGUCUGUAUUUGAGUCGCGUGGAGAGGUCACAUGACCGUCGCUGUGGCACACGUCACAUGACUGAAGCUAAUGAAGACAAUAGACGGCUAAUAAGACAGCUAGUAGCACUAGUGAGUCCUAUCUAGUCCUAACUACCUCACUAGUGCUACAGUAGACACUAGUUAUGUCAAACACAUCUUACUAGUACUACUACUACUGGUCAUUUUGGAACUACUAGUCGCACUAGUGAGGUAAAAAUGAUUUACUAGUGCCACUCGUAAACAUUUUGGAACUACGAGUAGUACUAGCAAGGUACGAAUACCUAACUAGUACAACUAGUGGGCAUUUUAGAACUACCAGUAGGGUCCAGAGGGCUACUACUAGUACACAUGUCAACUAGUGCGGCUCAUUAGUUUACCAGUAAGGUUUGGUUGAUACUCAGUGUCAAACAUGAUUACUAGUAAGACACUAGUGAGCAGAAUAGUCUUACUAGUACACGGAACUUAAGUCAGAUAUGAAGACUAUGUAAAUAAAUGCUGAAACAGUCACAUGACUGAAGCUAAGCUCUGUGAUUGGUCGUCUGGACGAGUCGUCGACUCUUUCUCAUGCGGCCGACGUUUGGCUGUUUUUGAAGGACACACUUGUGGAGGAGGAUAUCCCAGAAGUCUUUGCGUUUUUGUAAACUUUAUUAAAGCAACAAGUUGAAUGUUGAA